AGUGAGAGAAUGCCAGUGUGUGUGUGUGUGUGUUUAAACCUGUUCGGCGAGAUAGAUAGAGAGCGGACUUACUUAAAGAUAGAUGUGCUCGUUCGAUUCGAGGCAUUCUGUUGUGCCCGCAAACCGGUUAGCAAGGCGUAUUUGGUAAACAAAUUAAAACUUGAGGAUGUGGCCAGCAACGUUGUUGCUUUUUCUUCUCCCAUUUAGCCAGAUUUUGGGCCAUUUAAAUGAAACUGUCAACUCCUGCACCGAUUAUAAGAAGCGCAUCUUUGAGAAGUCGGAGGAUUAUAGUUACCUACUCCCCGAUGCGCCCAUUGUACGUAAGACAAUUGACAAUUGCCGCCGAUAUUCGCCACUGAUUGUCGGCGGUAAGCCGGCCGAUCCCAAAGAGUUUCCACCAAUGGCACGACUGGGACAUCGACAGGAAGGGAACACCGCCUGGUUCUGUGGCGGCACUCUAAUUAGCAACAGAUUCGUUCUGACCGCUGCCCAUUGCUUCGAUUCGGAGGACGGUGAUGUGAAUGUGGUUCGAUUGGGCGACCUGGACUUUGAUAGUGACAAGGACGAUGCGGCGCCAAAGGACUACGCUGUUGCCGAUAACAUACGGCAUCCAAAUUUUACGAGCACCGAGCUUUACAAUGAUAUUGCUUUGGUUAAACUGGCGGAGGAUGUUCGCUUCGAUCAAUACAAGCAUCCAGCGUGUAUGCCUUUUGAGACUGGCCAAAACAUGGAUUCCUUCAUAGCCAUCGGUUGGGGCAGCACUCGCUUAGCGGGCCAAUCCUGGUCGCAGUUGCUAAAAGUCAAACUCGAUCGGAUCGGAGAUGAGGUGUGCCGCAGAGUAAUUGAGGAGAGCGACGACUAUCCGCUUGGAUUCGAGACGAGCACUCAGAUGUGCGUGGGUUCCUCCGAGUCGAAGGAUACCUGUAACGGUGACUCGGGUGGACCGAUUCUAGUUUAUCACAAGGACUAUCCUUGUAUGUACCACAUUAUGGGCAUUACGUCGGCCGGAAUUGCCUGCGGUACACCCAAAAUACCCAGUGUUUACACGCGGGUUCAUCAUUACUUGGAUUGGAUUAUGACAGUUAUGGCUAAUAAUAAGUAAUUAUUAUCAAAUGUUUACCCAAUAUUUUUCAUAAUUACUCUAAUUUAAAUCACCAUUCAUACAUAAUUAAUCAUAAUGAAAUAAAUUUAAUUUCAUAUUCGGUA